GAUGAGUAAGUUUUCAUUCUGAAAAGCUCAAGGUGCCCAGUAAGGCAGUAGGAGCGAGGACCGGAAUUGCAAGGACGUCUUGCAGGAAAUGGCAUCCCCUGCAUUCAGUAAGGUAUAAGGACUGCGGCACAGAAAAAGGAACAUAAACUUUUUGAAGAAGCAUAGUACAUCGGUGACAAACCUAGAAGGAACAGUCUCAGGUUACGUAGUUGCCUCGAAUACAUACUGUGGACUGGAACAGACUGCUCUUCCUCUUUCUGUUUUAGAUUCUGAUCCGGUUACAUUACUGUUUCGAAUGAUUGAUACAUGACUUCGGUGGACUUUCUGCGUCAGCACAAUUUUUGAGAACUAUGCCAAGAAAAAGAAAGCUGUUGGCUCAAUUAAGUGCUCUCCAAAGCCACUCCAGCUUCCCUCCUUUAGAUGUCCUGGAGAACCUGAAUGCUACGUCUGAUGGGGAUUCUUCUCCAAAAAGCAGCAAAUAUUUUGUGAUAGAGAAAAAAAAUUCUUCCCAGCUAGAAGCAGAUUUUUUCAACCAGCCCUGUAUUAGUCUGGCCAAGUCCUUUCUGGGACAGAUUUUAGUUCGCAGACUUCCUGAUGGCAGAGAACUCUGGGGGAGGAUCGUUGAAACAGAAGCUUAUCUGGGUGGGGAAGAUGAAGCUUCCCACUCGAAAGGUGGGAAGCAAACUCAACGCAACGCAGCAAUGUUCAUGAAACCAGGAACUCUGUACGUCUACCAGAUCUAUGGGAUUUAUUUCUGCGUGAAUGUUUCCAGCCAAGGGGAAGGGGCUGCAGUAUUACUUCGUUCUUUGGAACCUCUUCAGGGCUUAGAUGCGAUGAGAGAGCUGCGCAGCGCUUCAAGGAAAGGACCCUCAAAGCUGCUGAAGGACUGGCAGCUGUGUAACGGGCCCUCCAAGCUCUGCCAAGCAUUUGGGAUUGAUAAGGCUUUUGACCAAAGGGACCUGACUCAAGAUGCAGCCAUCUGGAUGGCACCUGGACACGACCUACCAGGGGAGCAGGACGUGGUAGCCACAACAAGGAUUGGUAUUGGCAACAGGGGAGAGUGGGCACAGAAACCUCUCCGGUUUUAUUUACGAGGAAACAAAUUUGUGAGCGUUGUAGACAAGAAUAGGGAGAGAGAGAUGGCAGCAAUGGGACAUUUCUCUUGCAGCUGAUGAGUCUUGCAGGUGUGCCACCGACCAGGACUUGA